AUGCAAGAAAUUAUUAAUGUUUCGUUAUCACACAGGUCGAAUCAUUUGAUUUCGCAGUUUUAUAAUUGCUUGGAACCGCUAUUGUACGAUGCAGACCAUGAGAACGACGUUUUCUUGAAUCAGUCAGUGGACAAAGUUAACAAGACCGUCUCAUAUACUCCACGUGCACUUCUAUGGGAUGCUAAACUAGGGAACGGAUCUCUAGGUACUUAUCAGUACGUGUCUGAGAACGAUCAUGUCGAUUCUUUGAAACGUGAAGAUGAUAAGAAUGUCUUAAAUACGGCACAAACUGUACAAACGCAUGACAGAAUUAGAAAAUCUCCAUACCAACUAGCAUUAGACCAAGGCAAUGCUCAGCUUCCUAAAUUGAAUGACGACAUUGCGCAGUACUGGUCGGAUUAUAGCAAGUUGAUAUACGAUCCAAGCAGUUUUAAUCUAUUACAGGAUUGGUAUCACGAUUCAGAGCACCAAUCCAAUGCGCCAAAUUUCCAAAACUUACAUCAAGUGUACUUUGAUAAAUAUGAGGUUGGUUUGGAACAAUUUAAGGAACGAUACUCCAAUGAUUUUUUCGAUAAUAAUUUACACUUACAAUUGGAAAAAUGUGACAACUUACAAGGGUUCAAUAUUGUAACAGAAGUAGACGAUGCGUGGGGAGGGUUUGCGGCAUCAUUAUUAAUGGAACUCAAAGAUGAACUGCCAAAAGUUUCAUAUUUCACCUAUGCUUGGAACAAGGAUGAUGUCGUUUCAUUGAAAGAGCCGAUCCACUCGACAAAAACCAAGUUCCAAGCACUCUGUAAUAAAAUCAGGGCCACCAUUUCAUUAGUACAGGAGUCUGAUCUCUUCUUCCCAAUUUAUGCAGAUUCUAAAAAAUCAUUCUGGCAAUCUACUGGGGAAACAGUCUUGUUAUUCGAUUCAAUCAAUUCAAUUUUCCACGGCUCAAGGAAGCAUUCAUCGACUGAUAUCAAUGUAAGAAAAAUGUCCCACCUAACUGAUGUGCUUACAUUAGGAGAGUCUAAAAGGAAUAUCGUUUCGAAACUUAAUGUAGAUCACUAUACCUCGUACUCUUUUUAUGAAAGAUUACCUUACUACAAAAACUCUAAAGGCCAAUCAUCCUUCACAUUUACAGAAUGUGAAAUAGAUCGCGUUUGCCAUGACAAGGCAACAAAAUUCCAUUUCAACACAUAUCCUUGGACAAAUUCGGAUACCGUUCCCGAAUCUCAUCGUGUCUGUACGGAAGCUAUUUUGGGUGUCACAGAAAAAUCGAGAGACGUUUUUAAGACUUGGGAAGAUUUGGUUUCAAGGUAUUUCCGCUACGAUUCAGAUAGAGAAGAAUUGAAAGAUAAUCUUGCGACUAUUUCCCAAGAAUAUGAACAUGGGUUUUAUGAUGACGAAGACUCUGGUUUAGAUAUGUAA